CGCGGGCUGACGGAGUCGACCCUGCCCGGGCCAAGGGGGUGCUGCGUUCCGCGGUCGCUGCCGCGUCUCCUCACGGCUGCGCUACCAUCCGGGGCUCGGGCCCGAGCCCGGGCCCCCGGGGCAUGGCCCUCCGGAGUGCGCAGGGCGACGGCCCCGCCUCCAGCCGCUGGGCCGGGGACGCGGAGAAGGCAGAGUAUAACACCAAAAGGAAAAAGAAAGUGGCAGAGAUAUACCAAGCUCUGAACAGUGAUCCAGCUGACGUGGCUGCCCUUAGACGCAUGGCUAUCAGUGAAGGAGGGCUGCUGACUGAUGAAAUCAGGCGAAAAGUGUGGCCCAAGCUCCUCAACAUCAACACCAGUGACUCACCUCCUAUAUCAGGGCAGAACCUACGGCAAAUGAGCAAGGACUACCAACAAGUGUUGCUGGAUGUCAGGCGGUCUUUACGGCGCUUUCCUCCCGGCAUGCCGGCUGAACAAAGAGAAGGGCUCCAGGAAGAGCUGAUUGACAUCAUCCUCCUCAUCUUGGAACGCAACCCUCAGCUGCAUUACUACCAAGGCUACCAUGACAUCGUGGUCACAUUUCUCCUGGUGGUAGGAGAGAAGCUGGCAGCGUCCCUGGUAGAAAAAUUGUCUACCCACCACCUCAGGGAUUUCAUGGAUCCAACAAUGGACAACACCAAGCAUAUAUUAAACUAUCUGAUGCCCAUCAUUGACCAGGUGAAUCCAGAACUUCAUGACUUCAUGCAGAGUGCUGAAGUGGGGACCAUCUUUGCUCUCAGCUGGCUUAUCACCUGGUUUGGGCAUGUCCUGUCCGACUUCCGGCAUGUCGUGCGGUUAUAUGACUUCUUCCUGGCCUGCCACCCGCUGAUGCCCAUUUACUUUGCAGCUGUGAUUGUGUUGUAUCGUGAGCAGGAAGUCCUGGACUGUGACUGUGACAUGGCAUCAGUCCACCAUCUGUUGUCCCAGAUCCCUCAGGACCUGCCCUAUGAGACUCUGAUCAGUAGAGCAGGGGACCUCUUUGUUCAGUUUCCCCCAUCUGAACUUGCUCGGGCGGCAGCUGCCCAGCAGCAAGCCGAGAGAACAGCAGCUUCUACCUUCAAAGACUUUGAGCUGGCAUCAGCCCAGCAGAGGCCUGAUAUGGUGCUGCGGCAGCGGUUUCGGGGACUUCUGCGGCCUGAGGAUCGAACAAAAGAUGUCCUGACCAAACCAAGGACCAACCGCUUUGUGAAACUGGCUGUGAUGGGGCUGACAGUGGCACUUGGAGCGGCCGCUUUGGCUGUGGUGAAAAGUGCCCUGGAGUGGGCCCCUAAGUUUCAGUUGCAGCUGUUUCCUUAAAAACCAGAGAAGUCCCUAUUAUGUUACAUUAAGAUCUCACCCUUCCAUGGAAGGAUUAGGAGGGGGUGGAAUUUCCUUUAUUAAAAGGGUUUCUGUCGUGGGUUUUCUAUUCCUGCCACCCUUCCCUGCCUGCCUGUCCAUGGUUUGCCUUUGCUUCAGAGGCCGAUAGCCAAGCCCCUGACACUGAGAGCAUUUGGAGGCCUGGAACUACAACUUUUUCCCUCUCGCAGUGGAUGAAUUGGCUCUUUGCUGCCUCCCCUUACGUUGGAGGAAGUGGGUUUCUAUAGUUCCCAGCUGCCUGUGGAAUAAGCUGGGCCUGGGCUACCCUGGUUACCGGGGAGCCUCCUGGCUGCCCAGGAGUAAGUAACCUGGACCACUGAAUGCCCUCCUUGCAGUUUCUGUGUUCUCUCUGCUUCACACGGACAAAAAAGGAGGAGCUGCUGCAAUGGAAGUCAGACCUUGGAAGAAAAGCAGGAAGACAAAGGAAUCUAGCCUAAGAACAAGAUUGGCUCCUCUCAGAGCAGCUCCAUUUACUGGUCACAAAUCAGAGACAGAUGUGACUAGGUUAUUAGUAAAACCCUACUUUUAGUCUAGAAAUUACUUGAGCAUUUUCAGUCAAGCAGGAAUGAAAGGCAAUUUUUAGGGCUCAGGCCCAGUCUGGUUUUACCUGCCCUUUUUGUUUUUUUGUAACCUCCUUAUUCAUUUCCACAAACGACGUGAUAUUACUUCUUAUAAAGAUAUUUUUAUUACUAUUUUUAGAAUUAUAUUAACACAAAACAUGUAAAGUACCCUCACUUUCAAAAUAAUAGUUCCUUCAUGGAAAAAUAGUUCUCGUUAGGAGGAUGAGCUUCUAAGACUCUUAAGGUUUACUUUCUUCUCAAUUAUUUAACAUUUCACUUUAGUCAGAUUUGGUAUUUGUAAACUUCCAAAGUUCCCACUUACCCAUUGACCUUCCUUUCUCUUUUCUUCAAAUCACCCUUUUACUCUGAAAUAGGCACCCACUCACUACCUUGGCAUUGUUUUUUGGGUUUGAUUUAUCCCUCAACCACUGGUCUCUCCUGCCUGGUUAGAAAUGUCAUUGGAAACUUGCCCAGAAAGGGACAAACUACAGCCGAAAGAGCUUGGUGGUACCUGAAACAGCUAGGUGCCCCACCCGUAAGGUCCCCCAGGAGCUCUCCAGGCCUUAGGGAGCGAAGUGGAUCACUCUGUCCUGUGGGACAGCUUUUCCUAUAAGCAAAACUAGGUUUGUUUGAGAUCAACUCUGGCUUUAAAAAAAAAAAAAAAGUGCCUUUUGCUGUUUUAAAGAAGUGGGGUGUAUGGUAUGAAGCGGCCAUGUACUUAUUUUCCUGGUCUCUCCUGGGCACUGUUGUCUCUUGGCAGGUGUUUUCUUAACAGCGUGCCAGAAGCACUCCACCUCACCAUCCUUCCCUCAGUACUCUCACCUGUACCCACGUCCACCCCAUGCAGUGUUGAGGGCAUUUAGCAUGCCAGGCAGCAGCUGAGCCAGAGCUGUCAAGAGAAGCGGCUACACCGAGUUACACUAAGCACUUUAAAACCAGAACAAGCGCAAAGUGAAGGGUCCCUGUGGAUAGCAGGAGCCCCACCUUGGUGAGUGUUAUGUAGACAGGUGAACCUAGAAAGUGGCGGGUUAUGAGGACAAAGGAAGUUGUUCCGGGAUCCGGAGGAGAUGAUGUGGCAGAUACCCCUUGUCAUUUUUACAAACGGGCAGCAGUAUAUGCCCCUCCUGCCACAGGCACUCGGGCCUGUUUCAGUACUGAAAGAACCCACAUGGGAUGGGAAAGGAGGUUCAUGUCAUCAGGCUCCCAAGACCACAGCUUUUCAGAUCCCAUGAAGCAAGUGGCGUUUGUUUCCCUUGUGGCCUAACAACGUGAAGACAGUUUUGCUGCCAUUGAGAAGAAAGCGUUAUCUUUUUACUUUCAGGUGGUUUACUUAUUCUGUAAAGAAUAUGUGUAAAUAUUUGUACAGAGAUCUGUAUGAAAUAAACAGCCGUAUGUGGUUACCA